GUGUACUAGCAACGAAAAACGAAACAUUUUUAAAAUAAAGGACGAAUCAUUACCAUUGACAAGAAAAUGCUGUAAAGUUUACAAUAACCACCUUAGUAACCAACAUACUCAGCUAUGGAUGGGAAGGCUUAUGUGGAAUUUAUGAAAAUUGUCAUAAUAUGUAUACUCUGGUACUUGUGUAGUACGAGUGACAACAUUCUGGGCAAGGUGGUCCUGUCAGAUCUACCCUAUCCCAUGACAGUGACGAUGACUCAUUUAGUCACAGCCUCCAUCUUCCUGGGACCAAUCAAAACUGUAAUGAAGGUGCCAAGUGGGAGACCUAUACCUAAAAGAUAUUACUACGUGAUGAUUCUUCCACUUGCCUUUGGCAAAUUCAUAUCAUCUGUUUCUUCUUAUGUCAGCAUAUGGAAAGUUUCUGUAUCAUAUGCUCAUACAGUGAAAGCCACACUACCACUGUUUACAGUUUGUUUAUCAAGAAUUAUUUUAGGAGAGAAACAAUCUUGGCCUGUGUACAUAGCUCUCUUCCCCAUCAUCACUGGUGUGUGUAUAGCAACAGCAACAGAACUUUCAUUUGACAAGAUUGGUCUGUUCAGCUCUAUUUUGUCUACAUUCUGUUUUUCUUUGCAAACUAUUUUUACUAAAAAGUGCCUUAAAGAUACAGAGUAUCACCAUCUAGAGCUGUUGACGCUCAUCACAAGAAUAUCAACAGCACUGUUUAUUCCUGUGUGGUUUCUGUACGAUUUCACCCGUAUUUAUGCUGACACAACAUUUCUUGAAGGUGGCAAAGUCGGCCAGACAUUGUUGAUGUUAGCCUGCGCUGGUUUUUUCAACAUGCUGCACAAUGUCCUUGCCUUCUCUGUGUUAGCCCUGGUCUCACCUCUAAGUUACGCUGUGGCUAAUGCCACCAAAAGGAUCGCAAUCAUCGGAGGUUCCCUCAUCAUUCUUCAGAACCCUGUUGGGCCUCUUAACGUUGUUGGGAUGAUGGUGGCCAUAUGUGGAGUUUUGUGUUACAACAAGGCCAAGUAUGACCAGCACCAGGCAGCCCACAGAAGUGAAGUCUUACCUUACACUCGCAGUACCUCAGAACUGAAGAGUUUGUCCCCUGGUGCCUCACACUUUACCCACUCCAAGAGCGAUGGCAACUUCCUCAAUGGGCAUGCAGGAGGAGCAUCUAAUGGUCAUCUCUUGCUGCAGGAAUGGGAGGCAACUGAUGGGUUCACUUUGAUACCUUUGUCAGACUACAAAGGGACAGAAUCUGUAAACAUUUCGCCCAGUUUGGUAAGAAGCAGUGUGAAAUCCGUCAGUAAUGAUAACUCUAGUUUACAUUCCAGAUCUGUGUUUCAUGUAUGAUCUGCCCUUGUUUAUCAUAAUGCUUUUGUUGUUAACAAUUUAUGUGGGAAGAGUUCUUCCUAUAAUUCCAAAAAAAAUUAUUUAUGUAAAUAUUUAUGUAUAGAAGCAUUGUAAGUAAUAUUACUGAACUAGUCGUAAAUUGAAUUUUAAUGGUAGGGUAAAUGUAAAAAUAAUUAAUUUUGUUACAAAUUUAUUUACAUUAUCAUUAAUAUUUAUUCAAGGAUAAUUUUGGGAUUUGAUGGUAUCAGAAGGGUGCUAUGUAACAUUUGUAAUUAGGAUAUCUCCAUCAGGUUCUAUUCAUGUGAAACCUUGUGUGGUAGUCUGUGUAGGCUAAUGCUGGGGAUUGUCAAUAUUUAUUGAUCACAUUUUAUUUAUCAUCAACACAUUUUUUUCAUCACUGUUAAGGCGGCUCUCGGUUAAUAAUUCUUUUUAAAAAAAGUGUGUUUAUGCUGUUAAGUAUCAGAAUUUUGCAAAACCACAGUAAAAAUUGCUGGGUGAUAAUUAUGUAUCAAGUCACUUUUAGUAGUUCUCAUUAUAGACUGUUAUUUACUUGCUGUCUCUAUAAACCCAGAUAUUUUUUAAAAAAAAUAAAAAACCAACAAAAUGUCAGUCUGUGAUAUUAUCAUAGGAUUGAA